AUGAUAGAAGUCGAAAAAGCUGUUAAUGGAGAUGCUGGCCACAAAAGACGAAAACUAGAUAAUGGGCUGGCCCCAGGGUUGCAGUUCAAACCCGGCAAUAUUCUAAAACUACGAAUCCGAAACUUCACCACCUACACUUAUGGUGAGUUCAAUCUUUCACCUACACUCAACAUGAUCAUUGGCCCCAACGGUACAGGCAAAUCAACUUUUGUCGCUGCAGUGUGUUUGGGGCUAGGUGGGAAGGUGGAUUUGAUCAAGAGGAAAAAUAUGGACUCGAUGAUCAAGUCUGGGGCGAGUGAAGCGCUGAUUGAGAUCACCCUCAAAAACAAGGACGGUUUGUCUGAUAUCACGAUAAAGCGUGUCUUUCACUUGAAAAAUACAAAGUCCAAGUGGACGAUUAACGGGUCACCAAGCGAUGUGGUAAAAGUUCGCCAACUAGUGCUUGAUUUAGGGAUCCAGCUAGAUAACUUGUGCCAUUUCUUGCCGCAAGAGCGUGUGGCUGAAUUUGCCACACUUACUCCAGAUAAACUUCUUUUGGAAGUGGAAAGAACGAUUGAAGAUAAUACACUUCUAGAGAAGCAUGAGUUGCUUAUAGAGUUGGAUGAGCAGUGGGUAGAGCUAAGUGCGGAUGUUGAGAGGCUUGAGUCGAACAUUGCGAGUUUAAUUGCGGACGUGGCUAAAUUCGAAGAGGAAGCUCAACGGUAUGCUGAAUUUGAAGAGAAAGCUAAGCAGAUCGACUAUCACAAGAAGCUUCUACCGUACGCCAAGUUACAGGAUGUGAAGGAACAGAUGAAAGGUCUCAAGAAGAUUCGUGACGAGGCAAAGAAGGCGUUGCUUGAAUUCUCCUCCACUACUCAGCCACUUCACAAUGAAAAAGACUCGGCGGAGAAAGAACAGGAGGUUCACAAGGGUUUGGCGGAGAAGUACCGGGCAGACAUUGCCACUCACAACAGCGAAAUGAAACAUGCAGAGCAGAAAAUUGAGAGUAUACAAAAGUCCAUGGAAGAAGUGAAGGACGAAAUAGACGCAUUGCAAAAUGCUACAGAGAAGAGAAAGAAGGAAUUACACAGGACAAAGGAAGAGAAAGAAACGCUCCAAAACAAGCUCUUGACGCUCGAGGAAGUUGACGAGGACUCGAUCUCGCGGUUGUCGACAGAAAGACAGGAAAAGUAUGACGAAAAGCUUCGACAAGAUGAGGAAGUCGAGAAUUUGAGCUACAAGCUGAGCUCAUUGAAGCGGGAACACGAACAGUGUGAAAUGAAAUUCCGUGAGGAAAAACGCAAACUCGACAAUGACGACAGACUAGAGAUUCUCACGUCAACUGGCACCCGCUAUCGUCCAGAUCUUCUUGAGAACACUUACAAGGCGCAUGUUUUGCUUCGAAGGGAACGUAGAAAUCACGGAUUUCGAUUUUAUGAAGCUCCAGUAGUUUCUUGUCAAGUCAAGGAUUCCAGAAUGGCCAAGUACUUCGAGAAGGUUGUGGAUAAUAACUCCUUAUUUGCUUUGUACUUUGAAUCUGAGCCUGAAUAUCAAAAGGUAUCUGAAUUUUUGCCUAGAGAGCUUAAUGUACCGAUGAGAGUGAUUUCUGACGAUGAUAUUACGCAGCCACCUCCGAUACCUCCUUCAACAUUGAAGCAAUUUGGUUUUGAAGGUUAUUUAGCAGAUUUCAUAGAGGGCCCAUCGGCAGUCUUGAAGUCAUUAAACCAACGCGCUCUGAUGGAUUCCAUACCUGUUGCCACGAGGCCUGUCGACACCGACAUUGUCAAAAAGCUACUUGUACCUGACGAAUCCGGCAGAAUACCGUUUAAAAGAUUCAUUGUUGAAAAUAGUCUUUACAUGGUUGGUCGUUCGAAGUAUGGAAGCAAACAGGUAUUUUACAAAACGGAGCAUAUUGGUGAAGCACAACUUAUGGGUUCGAGGGGCCUCACGGAGGACAUGAAAAGAGAAAUCAAGCGUAAGAUGGUGGAGGUCAAACAAAAGAUGGAGGACGCUCUCGCUAGGAGGGAUCGCAUAAGCAAAGAAAAACUGAAGCUACAAGAAGCCUUGCUCAAGAUUAAUGACGAGCUAUCAGCUCUUGAUGCCAGUGUGCGUUCUUUGAGAAAGAAGAAAGAGACAAGAUUGAGGACUGAAGAAAGCAUCAAACAUCUCGAGACCCGUAUAAAUAAAAUCAAGGAAAAUAUGUCACAAGAUGAUACUGUGAAGAUAAAGGAGGCAGAGGAUAGAUUAAUGCAGCUUUACAUUGAUCAGUCUCUGGAAUUUCAGAGAAUAGCUCAGUCAAGUGAAGAACUCGUUCGAUGCAAUUUGGAGUUGAAAAGAGCUGAAUUAUUGAGUCAACAGUCCAAAAAUAAGAUUCUCACAAUAAACUCACUAUUGAACGAAUUGGAUGACCAUAAACUUGAAUUACAGCAAAAAUACAAUGAUGCCAAAAGUCGAUACGAUCAAUACAAGAAAGGCGACGCUGCCAAGGAGAUACGAGAACAGACUCUCUCUGAAGAGGACCGUGAAGUUGUUCGUAAUCUUGCCGAGCAGUAUCUCGAAAAUUCACAGCUCUCUGAGCACUUCGUUCGAAUGAAAAUUGAUCAACUUGAGGACGAGUUAAGUGUGUUAUCUAAUGCUGAUAAGGGAUCAAUUGAAUCAUUAAAGGCUAAACGAGCUGAUCUCGAGAUUUCGCAGAGGCAGCUUCCCGAUCUUCAAAGAAAACUAGAGGAUCUCAAAAGUAGAAUGGAUAAGAUAUCAAUCCCAUGGCAGGAGGAACUUUCUGAUAUGAUUGAUGAAAUCUCUAGGGUCUUCCAGAAGAACUUCAUAACAGUUGCGAGCGAUGGUCAGGUACGUUUGGUGAAGCUGGAAAGGUACAAAGACUGGAAGCUUGAAAUCCUUGUUAAGUUUAGAGAGAACUCAGAAUUGAAAGUUCUUGAUCAUCAGUCGCAAUCUGGAGGUGAAAGAGCAGUUUCCACAAUUUUCUUCAUUAUGUCACUCCAAGGUCUAACAAAGGCACCAAUUAGAAUCGUCGAUGAAAUCAACCAAGGCAUGGACCCAAAAAACGAAAAAAUGGCACACAAGUAUUUAGUUCAUACAGCUUGCAGAAAGAGCUUUUCACAACACUUCUUGGUGACGCCGAAGUUGCUUACGGGAUUAUACUAUCACGAAGACAUGGCAAUUCAUUGCAUAUUUACAGGCCCCUUCUUGAAGGGUAAUGAUGGAAGCGCAAAGACUCGUGAUCUUUUGAACUUCCAGAGACUAUAG